AGUAGGGGCCCACCCAUCUCUCUCUUAUCUUUAUUCCACAACCCCACUCCCAACCCUCACGUGUAUUUCACGUGCCACUACUUCUGUGUAACUUGCAAAACCACCACACAAAAAAUUAAUCAUAAGUUCAAAAUUCCAAUCGCCAAAACCUAGUCCCUAAGGUGGUUUUUGAGACGAAACCCAGAUCGGAAAACCCGUUAGAAUUCUAAUGAGAUGAAUUUGAGACAAAGACCAGCACCCACGCGCGGCCGUGGUGAAUCACACGCGCCGCCGCCUGCCGCGAGGUACGAAGAGCCAUACAACAUAAUCCCCAUCCACAGUUUACUCUCCGACCACCCGUCUCUCCGGUACCCAGAAGUACGCGCCGCCGCUGCUGCUCUACGCGCCGUCGGGGAUCUCCGGCGACCACCGUAUCGUGAAUGGCGAGAUGGGAUGGACCUUAUGGACUGGUUAGGUGCAUUUUUCGGGUUUCAAAACGACAACGUUCGGAAUCAACGAGAGCAUCUUGUUCUUCACCUUGCAAACGCCCAAAUGCGCCUCUCACCGCCUCCGGCCAUCGCCGAUAACCUCGACCCGAAGGUGUUACAUAGCUUUCGCCGUAAGCUCCUCCGAAACUACGAGUCGUGGUGCUCGUAUCUCCGAAAGAAAUCACAGGUUCGCCUCCCACUUUUCCGACAAAACCCGGAGACUCACCGCCGGGAGCUUUUGUAUGUAGCUAUGUAUCUGUUAAUCUGGGGUGAAGCCGGAAACCUCCGGUUCACACCGGAAUGCAUUUGCUAUAUUUAUCAUCAUAUGACCAUGGAGUUGAACCAAGUUCUCUCUGGAGACACUGAUGUCAACACUGCCCGCCCGUUUAACCCAUCGAUAUAUGGUGAAAACGCGUUUCUAACGAAAGUUGUUACGCCCAUUUACAAAACGAUUAAAACCGAAGUCGAAAGGAGUAGGAACGGGACUGCCCCGCAUAGUGCUUGGAGGAAUUACGAUGAUAUAAACGAGUUUUUCUGGAGUCGGAAAUGCUUUAAGAAGCUUAAAUGGCCGUUGGAUCUUUCGAGCAAUUUCUUUGUGGAUGAUCCGAAAGCGACUAACAGGGUUGGGAAAACGGGGUUUGUUGAGCAACGGACGUUUUGGAACAUUUUUAGAAACUUUGAUCGGUUAUGGGUGUUGUUAUUCUUGUUCUUCCAAGCUGCGAUGAUUGUAGCUUGGCGGGAAACCGAGUAUCCGUGGGAUGCAAUCAGGGACCGUGAUGUACAAGUUGAGUUGCUUACGGUGUUUAUUACGUGGGCUGGUCUUCGAUUUGCCCAAUCAAUUCUGGAUGCUGGGACACAGUACAGUUUAGUUUCAAAAGACUCGAAAUUGCUUCUGUUUCGAAUGGUUAUGAAAAGCAUGGUGUCGUUAACGUGGACUGCCGUGUUCACCGUCUUCUACGUUCAGAUUUGGAUUCAAAAGAAUUCCGAUGGGCGGUGGUCGGAUGCUGCGUUAGAUAAGAUCUACGUUUUCUUGAAAUCUGGUUUUGUUUUUGUCGUCCCGGAAGUGCUUGCUUUGAUCCUUUUCAUUCUUCCAUGGGUCAGAAACUUUAUAGAAAACACAGAUUUCAUACUUUUUGACAUGUUAACAUGGUGGUUUCAUUCACGCCUCUAUGUAGGAAGAGGUUUACGGGAAGGAUUAGUUGAUAACAUCAAGUAUACACUCUUUUGGAUAGCCAUAUUACUCUCGAAGUUUUCGUUUAGUUAUUUUCUGCAAAUUAAGCCGCUCGUUGCACCCACGAAAGCGUUAUUAAGCCUCAGAUUAUCCCGCUAUAACUGGCAUGAGUUUUUCAGCAACACGAACCGAAUGGCGGUUGUUCUUAUAUGGACUCCUGUUGUUUUGAUGUAUUUAGUUGAUAUUCAGUUAUGGUACACGGUAUUCUCGGCUUUCGUUGGAUCCGUUAUCGGUUUAUUUUCACAUCUGGGGGAGAUUCGGAACAUCGAGCAGCUCAGGUUACGGUUCCAGUUUUUUGCUAGCGCGUUACAGUUUAAUAUAAUCCCCGAGGAUCUAACGUUGGUUGCAAAAGAUAACCUUGUCCAGAAGUUACGUAACGCGUAUCACCGGUUUAGACUUCGUUACGGGCUCGGUCAACCUCACAAGAAACUGGAAUCGAGUCAGGUUGAUGCGCGACAGUUUGCUUUGCUUUGGAAUGAAAUUAUUUUUACGAUGAGGGAAGAAGAUUUGAUCAGUAAUAAGGAUGUGGAGCUACUUGAAUUGCCGCCUAAUUGUUGGGGCAUUAUGGUGGUUCGGUGGCCGUGUAUUCUUUUGUGUAACGAGCUGCUUCUUGCGCUGAACCAGGCGAGUGAGCUAGCUAGUGCACCUGACCGGUGGGUUUGGUUCAGGAUUUCUACCAGUGAGUACAGGCGGUGUGCGGUUAUCGAAGCGUAUUGUAGCAUUCGGUAUGUGCUACUCUAUAUCAUUCACGAGAGAUCCGAAGAACGCGGAAUCGUUACAAGAUUUUUCGAGGAAAUUGAUAAAUUGGUAGAGACCGGCAAGUUUACAACCGAAUACAAAUGUCAAGCGCUUCCUAAUAUUCAUGCUAAGUUAAUUAUUCUUGUUGACAUUCUGAUGUCACCGAAACAAGACAUGCGCAAAUUAGUCGAUGUUUUGCAAACGCUUUACGAGCUUAUGGUUAAAGAGCUACCACGGUGUAAGAAACCUGUGGGUCAAUUGAUGCAGCAAGCUCUAGCCCCGCGAAACCCGGCUACAACCGAAGAGGGAUUACUUUUCGUGAACAAAGUUCGGUUUCCAAAACCCGAUGAUGCGUUCUUCCACAGGCAGUUACGGAGGUUAAAAACGAUUUUGAGUUCUCGCGACUCGAUGCGGAAUGUCCCGAAAAACAUUGAGGCCCGGAGACGCAUUGCGUUCUUUAGCAACUCGGUCUUUAUGAAUAUCCCACGGGCCCCACAAGUUGAAAAAAUGAUGGCGUUUAGCGUUUUGACACCGUAUUAUGACGAGGAUGUUUUGUACAAAAAAGAAUCGCUAAGAAACCCGAACGAUGAUGGGAUCUCAACACUGUUUUAUUUACAAAAAAUAUACGAAGACGAGUGGGAGAAUUUUAUGGAACGGAUGCGGGGUGACGGGAUGGAAAAUGAUGACGAAAUUUUUACCACAAGAUCUCGGGACCUUCGUGUUUGGGCAUCAUAUCGUGGUCAAACGUUGUCAAGAACGGUUCGUGGAAUGAUGUAUUAUUAUCGAGCCCUUAAAAUUCUCGCGUAUCUUGAUACUGCUUCUGAGAUGGAAAUGCAGCAAGGAUCAAUGGGUCUCUGGGGUUCGAGAAAUUUACACCAAAGCCGAGCUGUGAACGAGUUUGGUGCGGUGAUGAUGAAGUUCACGUAUGUUGUUGCAUGCCAGAUUUACGGGACCCAGAAACGAAAAGGGGAGUCACAAGCCGAAGAUAUUGCAAAUUUGAUGAAAAAUAAUGAAGCGCUUCGUGUCGCUUAUGUAGAUGAAGUUCAUCUGGGUCGGGGGGAGGUCGAGUACUACUCGGUUCUCGUGAAGUAUAACCAACAGUUAAAGCAAGAAGAAGAAAUUUACCGGAUCAAGUUACCGGGCCCGAUGAAGCUCGGUGAAGGAAAACCCGAGAACCAAAAUCACGCGAUUAUCUUCACUCGAGGUGAUGCACUUCAGACAAUCGACAUGAACCAAGAUCAUUCAUUUGAGGAGGCGUUAAAGAUGCGAAACCUUUUGGAGGAAUUCAAGAUCAAUCACGGGAUCCGAAAACCAACCAUUCUCGGUGUUCGCGAAAACAUAUUUACAGGUUCGGUUUCGUCGCUCGCGUGGUUCAUGUCAACUCAAGAAAUGAGCUUCGUGACACUCGGUCAACGGGUGCUCGCAAACCCUUUAAAAGUUCGAAUGCAUUACGGUCACCCUGAUGUUUUUGACCGGUUCUGGUUCUUGACACGGGGCGGAGUUAGUAAGGCUUCGAAAGUAAUCAACAUCAGUGAAGACAUAUUUGCGGGGUUUAAUUGUACUUUACGGGGCGGUAACGUGACACAUCACGAGUAUAUUCAAGUAGGAAAAGGUCGGGAUGUCGGGUUGAAUCAGAUCUCGAUGUUUGAAGCAAAAGUUUCUUCAGGUAACGGUGAACAGGUUUUGAGUCGGGACGUAUACCGGUUAGGACACCGACUCGAUUUCUUUCGUAUGAUGUCGUUUUUUUACACGACAGUCGGAUUUUAUUACAAUACAAUGAUCAUGAUUCUGAUGGUUUACACUUUUCUGUGGGGCCGGCUAUAUCUCGCACUGAGUGGGGUCGAGGGUGCAGCCUUGGAUAACACUCGGUACAACCGAGCAUUCGGUGCAGUCCUGAACCAACAAUUCGUGGUUCAGAUCGGGGUUUUCACCGCACUUCCAAUGAUAGUCGAGAACUCGAUAGAACACGGGUUUUUAUCCGCUGUGUGGGAUUACCUGACAAUGCAGCUACAACUCGCCUCGAUUUUCUUCACGUUCUCAAUGGGGACCCGUAGCCACUACUUCGGUCGAACCAUUCUUCAUGGUGGGGCCAAGUACCGAGCCACGGGACGCGGGUUUGUUGUAGAACAUAAAAGUUUUGCCGAGAACUACCGUUUAUACGCUCGAAGCCAUUUCGUGAAGGGAAUCGAGCUCGGUGUGAUCUUAAUUGUGUAUGCCUCGAACACUCCGUUAGCUAUAAGUCGUUUCAUUUACAUAAUUCUAAACCUCUCGAGUUGGUUUCUUGUCGUUUCGUGGAUUAUGGGCCCGUUUGUGUUUAACCCUUCGGGUUUUGAUUGGUUGAAAACCGUCUACGAUUUUAACGACUUCGUGAAAUGGCUUUUUUACGGUGGCGGGUCGCUAGCGAAAGCUGAUGUUAGCUGGGAAACAUGGUGGUACGAGGAGCAAGAUCAUUUACGAGCCACCGGAUUAUGGGGGAAGUUAUUGGAAAUAAUUCUCGAUCUACGGUUCUUUUUUUUCCAAUAUGGUGUCGUGUACCAUCUCAAUAUAGCAGAGGGCAAAACGGGUAUCGGCGUGUACUUGAUCUCGUGGGUUUUCAUGAUUGCUGCUGUAGCGGUUUACAUUGUGAUGGCGUAUGCUCAAGACAAAUACGCAGCAAAUGAACAUAUCAGAUACCGGAAAGUGCAAGUCGUGGUGACGUUUGCAGUCGUGUUUGUGACUCUGAUGUUGUUGAACUUUACAGCGUUGACGGUUUUGGAUUUGUUCUCGAGUGUGUUGGCAUUUAUUCCGACCGGGUGGGGGAUUAUAUCGAUCGCACAGGUUUUAAGGCCGUUUCUUGAGAGCUCCAUUGUUUGGGAUUCAGUUGUGUCGUUGGCUCGGAUUUAUGAUUUGUUGAUCGGGAUGUGUGUUUUGGCUCCCCUUGCGUUUUUAUCGUGGAUGCCCGGGUUUCAAGCCAUGCAAACGAGGAUUUUGUUCAAUGAAGCGUUUAGUCGUGGGCUUCAGAUCUCGAGGAUUCUUACCGGGAAGAAGAUUAACCCAGAGUCAUGAUAUGUAUCCAGGAUUUUGUCGUAUCAAAAUGACCUUUACUCCCUUGGGUUCAUCAAGCCGCUCAGUAGCUGUCGGUUUUUAUGCAGACAUAGCUUCGUUAACAGAUGUCAUGAAGAAACCGGGGGUCGUUUUGUCAUUAUUUCUUAUUGUGUAGCGAUUGAACCUUAAAACUUUUGACCCCUAUCAACGGGUCAAAACUUUUUUGCCGCAGUAAAUAGAUUCAGUUCAAUUCGUACGUA